AUGCAGCAAAAGCCAUCAUAUGACUUAUUAUAUUACAUGGCUUUAAUACAUAAUAUGCAACCGAAACAUUGGUUAAUUGCUGGGCUAUUUUUUCGACAGUGGUACUAUGCAGAAGGUUUGGCUCACCGACCACCAUCAACGACACGUACACCGUGCGUUGGAGAACGGAAACUUGAUUUCGAUCGUGACAAGGCUGUUGAUGCGAUAAACACAUUCAGGAAGGAACUUGUAAAUGGAAAAUUUCGGACCAAAAACGCCAAAUUUCCAAAGGAAGAAAUGGCUUGGAAAAAAGUUUCUGAAUGUAAUUAUGAUCCACCAGAAGAUGAAGAAGUCGGAGAAGCUAUCUACAUUUUAUUUCGACCUUCAGGCGGCGAUUUUAAACCCUUGGCUGAACCGAUACAUGAAGCACUAAAGGUAUGGGUGAAAAGAGUAGAAGACGGUUUCGAGGAUAAUAGUCUGUCAACCUGCGAAUUUUUCGAUGAAUAUGCCGAAUUCAUACAGGUUGCAUCUGGAUUAACUACAGAUGUUGGCUGUGCAACAAAUCCUUCGUGUAGUUUUGAGGAAAACAGUAAUAAUGAUUAUGAUGAAAAUGAAAGUCUUAAAAAGAAAAAGAUUAGGGAAAAAAGGCAUAUCCAUGGAGAAUCAUUCAAGAAAUUAUAUGUAAAGGGAAAGCGAUGUCAUAGAGGUCGGAAAUGCGCCAAACACGGUUCAUUUUGCAAUAGCGAUAAACUCUGUGAAUUCGAUUUGCCUGGGUAUUAUGAUGAAUGUUGUUACGAGAAAUGA